UUCUCUUGAAUCUCAAACAGCACACAGAAACAACCGACAUUUUCAACGCUCUUCACAGUCGUACAAACAAAUAACAGCCAUUCAUCUCCUCCAUCUCUCUCUCUCUCUCUCUCUCUUCAACAUGUUUUUCAGAAAAUCAUCACCAACUCAACCACUAAAAUCUCUACCAUACACAACAAAAUCCCAAAGCCUCUCAAAAACCAAAGAAACCAACAUCGUCAACAUUAACAGAUCAAUAAAAUUCACUCUCUUCACAUCUCUCUUCAUUGCUUCAUGGUUCCUCUUUCUUCACUUCCAUCAUCCAAGUCCAACAACAAUCACGACCGUCAAAACCACCGCGACAUGCGACGGCUCAACUCCACCAUUCUACAUCUACAACCUCCCCGGACGUUUCAACCUCGACCUCCUUAAAAAUUGCGAAAAUCUCAACAUCUACAUGAACAUGUGCCCACAUGUGAUAAACAAUGGCUUAGGUCAACCCCUCUCAAAACCAUCAUGGUAUGCCACACACCAAUUCUUAGCUGAAAUGAUUUUUCAUGCUAGAUUAGAAAAUCAUGUGUGUCGGACGAAGGAUCCAACUCGAGCAAUUUUAUUCUAUGUUCCAUUCUACGGUGGUCUCUAUGCUUCAAGCAUGUUCCGGCAACCAAAUUACACUCUUCGCGACUCCUUAGCGGUUGAUUUGAUCGAUCAUCUCCAAAGUCAACGUUGGUUCAACCGUUAUAACGGUAAGGAUCAUUUUAUUUCCCUUGGGAGAACCGCAUGGGAUUUCAUGCGGUCCUCAAGUGGGCCCGAUUUUGGAGCCAACAUACUUUUAAACAUGCCACCUGUCAAAAACAUGUCGGUGUUAACAGUUGAACGACAACCUUGGAAUGGUGAAAACCAAAACGGCAUACCUUACCCGUCGUAUUUUCAUCCAAAAACAAAAAACGAAAUGUUGACGUGGCAGAAUAAAGUGAGACAAAGCGACAGGCCAUUUUUAUUUUCAUUUAUUGGAGGGAAAAGGAAAGGGUUAGGAAAAGCAAAGAUUCGCGACGAAUUGGUUCAACAAUGUGGUGAAUCGUCUCGUUGCGAGUUGGUUGAAUGUGGGGGUGGGAAUAGCAAAUGUCAUAAACCAAUGGAAGUGCUUGGUGUUAUGAUGGAAUCAAAUUUUUGUCUUCAAGCACCUGGUGAUUCUUUUACGAGAAGGUCAACGUUUGACUCAAUUCUUGCUGGUUGUAUACCUGUAUUUUUCUCAAUACAUACGGCGUAUACGCAAUACGAUUGGUAUUUGCCUAAGGAAAAAAAUUUGUAUUCGGUUUAUAUUGAUGAGGAGGGUGUAAAAAAGAAGAAGAAUAUGAUCGAGGAGGUGUUAAUGGGAAUUUCAAGUGAAGAAGUUGAAAAAAUGCGUGAAGUUGUGAUUGGUUUAAUCCCAAAGAUUAGUUAUGUUCAUCCAAAUGUUAGUAGUAAUGUUGGGUUUAGUGAUGCUGUUGAUGUUGCACUUCAAGGACUUUCUAGGCUUGUACGGGAAAACAUUGGGAAAGCAGAGAUUUGAUUAGUUAUUGACUAGUUAAUAUUUAUUUUUUUUAUGUAAUCAUAGUUUACCUAUAUGAUUAUGUGAUCAUGAAUGUAAAUGGGUUUAUUAGUACAGUAUUACUCUAAUUAAUAAUGGAGUGUUUUGUGAUCUCCAUCUUUUUACGAUGA